UGGUUAUAUACUUUGGAAUGGAAAAGAUCCAAACGCAAGAGGAAUUACUUAAUAGUGGAUUGCUUUUCUACAGCUAAUGCAGAUCUGACAGAGUUUUUGGCAACUCUCCAGAUAUAUUAAAAUGUCGGGAUGUAAAGCAGAAUCUUCUGGUUUAUCUAAAGAAAAGCUACAGUCUCAAACAUGCAGUGACAAAAGCCAAAGUGAUCCAGUUGGCAAGUACUUCAAAGGUUACUCCUCAAUGGUGUUCCUUAAGAAGGGUAAACACAAAAGAAGGCAAAGCCGAAGCAAUCUUUGUAACCUUUCUAGGGAAUUACAAGAGAGUGAGAAAAAAAUCCCAAACGUUGCAGCUAGGAAAGGUGAGGUUCUGGGUUUUGAAGAAGUCUCCAACGAAUUUACUUGCGACUCUUCCCUUGUGGAGUCCUACCAUCUUAAUACAACCAAGGAGGCGAAGUUCAGUUUCCGAAAACUAGAAGAUGGCACCUUUGCCUUAGAAACCAAAAGCUCUAAUGAGCCAGAAAAGUCUGAAUCUGGACUAUUGAAGAGGUCUUUAAAAUCACGCCACAAGCAGGGCCGUUAUUCACAUAAGCCAUUAAAAAUUUGCUUCAAAAAAAGAAGCAAAGCCCUUAAGAAACUUUCAGAUUCAAGUGAAGACAACAAAAAAGAAACAGUAAAACAAGAGGGCAUUACCUAUGCUGCAACCAAUGAAAAAGAAGAUUUGGUACAAGGUCAUUCAACAGGUAAGACCUGGGAAACUUUUAAGAGGCUAGUUACUCGUAGAAAGAAAUUAAACUCCUUAAAAAGACAAUCGCAACUCAGUGCUCGACACCUUGAAACCAACACAAGUGGCACUUGCAGUCAAAGAGUUCCACAAAAGAAAAGGUUCUCCAACCUCAGGAUUUCAUGCAUGAACUUUUCUAGAGGGAAGAGGUCUGCAAACACAACUUUAACCUCUGAAGACCCUCUCGUUGCAAUAAAUUCACCAGAAAACUGUGCAAGGGAAUCAGGAGCUGAUAGUGAAAGAAGUGAUCAAGUUUUAGCAACUAAAUAUAGACUUCAAAGAUCUCUAGAUGUAGAGGAUAGGGUAAGUGAUAGCAACCUUGAUACUUGUACUGAAGUAUGCCUAAUAUCUGAAAACAACUUGGACCAAAAAGAUUUAAAAAAUUGUGAGCGUAAUUACCUAAGUGAGCAACAUGACGAGAAAGUAAAUUCUUCUCAAGAAAAAAAACGUGAUUUUCAACAAAUUCAUGGUAGUGAACAAGAUCUCAAAUUAAAAAUGAAUUUAACGAGACAGUCUCGGUCUCCUGUUGAGGAACAAGAGCUAAUCUGUGACAUUUCUGUCGAUGAUACGAAUAUACAAAACACUGGAGUUACAAAUGGGCCUCUAGGUAAUAUAGACAUACCCACUCAUGAAGAUACCAACGGUCAUAUAACAAAGGUCCAAACUGAUGAUGGAGAUACCGACAGUGAAAAUGAACUGCCUAUGGUCAAUGACAUUCCUGAUAUAGUAGAACCAACAUCUGAUAUAUAUGAGUUUCUCCUAAUGAGAACAGCUGCCUCACUUGUAAGUAAGGUUAUUCAGUCAUCCAUUCAACAGAUAGUUACAGAAGAUGAUUUACAUAACCAUGUCCCAUGCAAAGCCUCAGAGAGAUUCUACAUUUAAAAUAUAAACAGCAUUAAAAUAGGGCUGUGGUUUCUGUCUCUUGAUCUUCUUCUUUUUCUUCAUCUCAUGCCUCCAAAAGUAAGCCUGUUGCAAAUCUUGGAAAUGCAGUUUAAGCAUAAGUGGGGAAAAAUGCCUAAUCAGUGUUCUCAUUCAGUGGAAACGUUGUGCCAAGACAUUCAGUAAUAGAUCCAAGGAUAGAGGAGGCUGAAUUCCAAAAUCUUGCGUAAGCUUUAAUAUGGCAAUGUAAAUUCAACAGUCGUUAUUUUUAAAUUUGUAGCUUUCAGCAAUACCUGGUAAUCCUGCAAUGAAGGUCCGUGUCUAUGUACUUCCUUUCAUGGGGUGACAGCUGUUGCCACGCUAUCAUAUGUACCUUUGGUGGAUACUACGACAGUUGUGCUAAGACAGAAAGUAGCUGAAAGAGGCUGGUGGAGAUCAACAGAACUGAGAUGUAACAAAACGUAUGGAAAAGUAAAGAAAAAACACCCGGGGCAAUAGUUUACAAUACACAGUGCGUAAAGUUGAAGUUUAGAUAUGGCAAUUUUUACAUAGCUACAUUGGUCUAGCUUGGACCAACAUAAAGAUGCAUGUGCCAUACCCGUGGGUUCCCCCACGGAAUCACUGUAGUAUGCACCGCUACUACAGUGAUAACUGCUAGCUUCCAGGCGCCAUUCAGAUUGUGACUUUAUCACCUCACCAUGGUGCCAGUGCUGAGCAAGCAAACUCCUGUGUUUACAAUACAGCAGGGCAGCCGUUCAGCAUAGAACCUGGAGGCUGGUGGAAAUCACUCUAGUAGCAGUGCCUACUACAGUGAUUUCCAUCUUCCAUGGGCUAGAUUCAAGUAGCUGCGCUUGAUGUUACGGUGGCGC